AUGACUAAAACGACUAAGAAUGGACCCAAAAGUGAUAUAUUAUCAAUGAUGAAGAAGGAUGGUAAAGUAACAAAACCAAGUGUUAGUAGCAAGCCAAAAUCAUCUACCCCAGAAACCCAUAUCGAAGAAAAAGUCAACAAUUCUGAUCCUUCAUCAUGGCAAGUUAUUGGUAGUCAUUUAAUCAAAAAGCUUCCGUCAUCACUCUCAAUAUCCAUAGAUAAGAUUAAAAUUGCGGCAUUUGACCUCGAUGGGACGUUAAUCAAAACGAAAUCAGGAGGUAAAUUUGCUCGUGGACCAGAUGAUUGGCAAUGGUGGAAUGAUAAUGUUGUUGAAAAAUUAGUUGAAUUUCAUAAAGAUGGUUAUGUUAUUGUUAUAUUUAGUAACCAAGGUGGUGUAUUGGCAGUUCCUAAAUCAAGCAAAUCGUAUAUAAAUUUUACAACAAAAUUGAACCAAGUCACUAAAGAAUUGCAAUCACAUGGGAUUGAACUGAAUUUGUUCAUUUAUGCAUCUCCAAAGAGACCAUCUGGUAAGAAGAGUCAAACAUUGCCAAAUUUAAGUAGCGAUCUGUUACAUGCUAGUAUGAGAAAACCACAGUCAGGGAUGUGGGAUAGUUUCUUACAGGAUCUCAAAGACAAAGAUGUCUUACAAGAGGUUGAUUAUGAUAAUAGUUUUUUUAUUGGUGAUGCAGCAGGACGAAAGAAGGAUUUUCUGGAUAGUGAUUUAGAAUUUUCUAAAAACAUAAACCUAAAGUUUCAAACCCCCGAUGAAUUAUUUACAAAUUGA